GGACUUGAUUCCCUCAGUUGAUAAAUUCAUUAUGUUCUCACAGAGCUUUGCUGAUUUUCUUGAACUGUGCUGAUUAUCCUCCCAUUACAGCUGCAAACACACACAAGUUGGGGGAUGGAAGUUAGGGAGAGACCUUUAGAGACCCUGGUGUGACUAGGCUGUGCAAAAGCUGUGGUUGUGUCCAGAGAGGCAUGGUGCUGGGAAGAGCUAGCUAUUCAGUCUAGGUAAAAGAAGAGUUUCCAAGCAGACCUUCCAAAAGGGCAAGACUGCCUCUUCUCCCAGGUGUUCCCUGUUCUGAAGAAUACUUUACUUGGAGUAUAUUCUGCAGAGCCAGGACCUGCCGGGUGCCCUGCACUGUGUAUCCACUUGAGAACAGAGCAGUGACUCUUGCCAGCAGCUACUAAAUGAUGAGUGACAGAGUGGGUGAUAAGGAGGCAGCUGUUCAUUCCCCUUUAUUAGUAUAGGCAAGGAAACCAAUGUGACUUGCCCAAGCUCAUGCAAUGAGGUGAAACAUUUUUGUGACGAUUUUUCAAGCCAUGGGCUCCUCCCAAAGGUGACCAGGCCUUCCCCACCCGUUUCAGACCUGCCUGGACCUGUAUGUAGUUGCUGCCCUGGGAGCUAAGGCUCCUCCCCAAACAAACCCAAAGAUCUUGGAGACUUUCUAGACCUGGCCUUUCUUCCCUGCGUGUUUCAUCAGGCUCUGCCUUUUCCCUGCCCUUGUUUUCCACAGGUUUUGGCUGGUAUCAGGAAAAGGGUCCCAUCCAAUGGCCUCUCCCUCUGGGGAGCCAGAGUUCCUGACCUGUGGGGCCUGUGACAUGGUUUUCCGAUCCCAGGCCCUCUUGGCCACCCACACCCACCGCUUCUGCAUUGGCCACUCCAGCCAGAAGGUGACACUUGGAGCACAGCCCUCAACAGCCACUGAACCAGGGAGCCUCGUGGUAAGGGCCUCUCUUGCCAUGGAUGGGCAUUCAGGUGCGCCAGAAGAACCCCAGGGCAUCCCAGACCAGGAGGCUAGCAAGUGGGCUCUAAAGAGGCUAACUGAGGAGGUGCAGCGUCUGCGGCUUUGCCUGCAGGAAAUGCAAUCCCGGGUAACAGAGAUCCCCAGGGGGUCAGAGGGGCACUGGAGGUGCUCAGGUUCAGAGGCCCCGCCUCAAGACCUCAACUCCAACGCCACGGGAAGCCCAGAUGAGCGGCUGCGGGCGCUGAACGAGAAUUACGCAAGGCGCGUGGCAGAGACCAAGGCCCAGGGUCGGGCCCUGGAGCGACGCGGCGAGGAACUGAGCCAGCGUCUCGAGGGUGUGGCCAGGACCCGGGGCGGGAUAGCCCGUCCAUUAGGCCUGGAGCGAGAGCUUCGAGAACUCUGGACUGACGCCGGACGGACGCGGGGAGCUCUAAAGGCGUUAGAGGGCCGCGUCCAACAGCUACAGCCCCUGACAGGGCCCCGGCUGAAAGCCUUCGCAGAGGCUGAACUCGGUUUUCCGGUGGUCCAGGCCAACCCAGGGACUCUGGCUGCCGAGAUCGGGGCCCUGCAUGAGGCCUACGUUCGGGGCGGGGGCCGGGACCCCGGCCUUCUGGGCCAGAUGUGGCAGCUACAAGUGGAGGCAUCAGCACUGGAGUUGUGGCGGUCGCGGGCGCGCAGGGGUAAACAGGAGGGAAGGGCAGGUGCCGCCUCGGGGAAGCUUCGGGUAGUUGAGGCCGAGAACCAGCGCCUGGAGGCAGAAAUCCUGUGUCUGCAGAUGCAGAGGGGUGCAGGCAGAAUGCCCUGGGGUCCCAGGGAUCUGCCCAGUCCCAGAGCUCACCUGAGGGGUAGGGGAGAUCCCCCACUCCUCCCGCCGCUGGUGGCUCCCCCACUGCCGCCGUUUCCACCAGCCACAGACGCCGUGUUUUGGGGUGGCGCUGGCAAGGCUCCGCUGCUUUCUGGAACUACGGUUAGGAACCUGGGGCUGGACCCACACCUCCUACCACCGUCUGACGUGCUGGGCCCUGACCCCUACGACCCUGGGGCCGGUCUGGUCAUCUUCUAUGACUUCCUGCGAGGCCUUGAGGCCUCUUGGAUUUGGGUGCAGCUAGUGACUGGCUUGGCUCGAGAUGGACAGGAUACAGGAGGGACCACGGCGUUGCCCCCCGCCAUUUGUUUGCCCCCACCUCCAGCUCCUGGGCCCAUGGGCAACUGUGCUAUCCUUGCCAGCAGGCAGCCUGUGCCCAGACUGCCACCCUCACCAUCAGUAUCCUUGGUCUGUGAGCUGUGGGCCUGGCAGGGGCUAGCAUGGGCUAGGACACCACAACCAAAGGCCUGGGCCUCCCUAGUACUAUUCAACCGGGAUCAGCAGGUGUUAAGUGGCCGCUGGCGCCUCCCACUUCAGUCCUUUCCUGUGGACUCCAGCCUUAGCCUUGGGCAGCUGAACGGGAUUCCCCAGGCAGGUGAGGCUGAGCUCUUUCUGCGGCUGGUGAAUGCGAGAGAUGCAGGUGUCCAGACACUGGCAGAGGUCAACCCAGCAAAUGCCCACGAGUACCAGGACCCACCUCUGAUGUCCAGCUCAUCUUCGCUGGAAGCCAGCACCCUCACCCCCUCAGCUGGCUUUGCUGAUCCACCACCUCCUGCAGAGGAACCCCUUAAUGGACUCAAAGAUAGAGAUGAGAGUUUGGGUCCUCACCAGAGUAUUGUCCCACCCCCAUGAGUUUCUGAGCCCAGAUACUGACUGCAGAUAUGAGUGUCUUAACAUGCACAGGACUAGGGCCUGGACUGAGCUGUGUUCUCAGACCUGUGGCUUUACUACUCCACAUCCUAACAUAGGGUCUGAAGUCAAACAGCUGUUAUGAGCACAGUGUUAGUUCCAACCACAGCUUUACCACGUUCCAUGAGUACUUGACCUUUCCGUGCUUGUUUUCUUUUAUAAAACAGAUUGAUGUAAGGAUUAAAUGAGUGUCCCACAUGUUUACAACACCGUUCGGCACAUAGGAAGUUCUCUGUAAGGUGACGAGGGGUAUUUUAAUUCCAGCUAAUGGAACUUGAUAAACUCAUUCCCACUUGGUCUUUUGCUUAAAGCCAUUCUUAUUGCUGCACUUCAUACAAAUCCCAGCUCAGAACACCCUCCAAGAAACUUUCCAGACAUUUAAGCUCCUCAUAAAUAAGCAGCUCUGUAGCCUUCUGUAUUUAUAGAUUCAGGGUAGGGUCCUAGCCCAAGUGGGAUCACAUGUGACAUCUAUACUUGUCCUGGCCCCAGAUCCCACUGUCAAUCAGAGGAGGUCAGGAGUCUGAGACUCAAUUGUGUCAUAACUGUACUGGCCUGACCAAAAAAAAAAAAAAAGCCUCAGGACACAGAACACCCAAUACAAGAGCAUGUUCAGGAAGGAAGUUCAAAGCCAGAAUAAGCCAGAGAUUCUGCAGCCGUGAGUCACUGUUACCAGGCCACAAAAAAACUCCAUUUUGAGUAGCAAAAAAAUCAAUGCUGAAAACUGCGGUUUACUUGGGGGUCCCUCUGUGUGCAUCAUAGGAUGUUAAAACAGUAGAUUUUAACCUACUGUCUAUCCUAAGUAGCCCUGUGGGUAUUAGAAUGAUUAAAUAAAAUCCCCACAUCCCACACUGAACUGCUCCAGGCAGCCCAGCAUCCCACUGUUAAGAUCUUUAAGCACAAGUCCGGCCCAGGAGCCUUUUAGCAUAUUUAUUUGAGAAGUCAGAACUGCAGAAGGGUAACAAUUCCAAGUUUUAAUACAGUUCAACCUUUCUAUACAGAAAAUUAUAGAACAACCAGCCAGCCUCCCCACAAAGAUUCUUCCAACCACAUUCAAAGUGUCCAACACAAUCCCUCAGCCUUUCAAACCACUGAACUCAAUUCUCUACAAUUAAAUAGACCAGUUGUUUUCCUCAGAGAUCACUUUCCCCAAGUUUUCUUCAAAGUUCUUUUUCCAAGGUAGGAUUAAGGCCCCAGUUGGAGAGGUGGGUAGAGAACAGAACCACCCAAGGCCUGACUGGAGGCUGCCUUAGAGCAAACAGCCAAGGUCCAUCAUCCAUGAUCAGCACCAAAGAGCAAGAUCUUCAUCAAGUCUUCUCUUUGUAGUUCCCAUUCAGGGACAGCACCACUGAAGGUUUGCAAGACAGCUGGGCUCAGCCAGGCAUUUAAAAAUGGAAAAUAUAGCACCGUUGGAAGAUGAGGGGCCUAAAGUCAUACUUGAUCUGAUCACCUACACAUUACACAGAAAUUGGGAAUUAAAACUUCCAGCACAGAGGUCAGUACAGAAGGGAUUUAAAAAAAAAAAAAAACCUUUGGCCACUAUAUAAAACCUGGAGUGCUCCAA